AUGACCAGUCCCUGCCUGUUUGUCGCCCCUGAAGUGCAGAACCAGGAGGUGCAGAGAGGCGCCCCGGUUGAUCUCACCUGGCUGGGGCAGGCGCCCCGAAGCUGUACCAGCGCCACGCUGGGCCGCCACCGAUGGUCUCUGGUGCUCCGGACCCUGUCGCGCGCCGGGUCCCGCCCCCUUGCUCCGUGGUCACCGGAGUCCGCGGGGCGGGGCGGGGCGGGCGAAGUCCAGGUCCAUAAAGGCGCGGCCAGGCGAGCGGCGGCCACAGCCAUGCUGGGUCCGGGACUCACCCUGCUGCUCCUCACGGCUAUGUCGCAGCCGCCGCCCGGGGGCGCUCUGGCCCCAGCCAAGAAGCUUCCCGAGGACCCAGAUCCGGAUCCGGACCCGGCCGUCUACACAUCCCAGGAGCUGCGGAGACGCUUCCAGGACCUGCUGGCCCGGCUGCGGGCGAACCGGAGCUCAGAAGCCUUGAACGCCGACCUCAGCCCCGCGCCUGUGGUCCACACGCUCACCCCUGAACGUGAGUGCCAUCCCGGGUCCCCAUCACUUCCCGGGGCUCCUCUUCUAACUCGCCCGAAGCCUCAGGCUUCCCACUGGGUAAAGGACCCUGUUCCUCUCCUGCGCCUCCCGGAACCAAGCGAGCUGCACGUGGGCAUGUGCGUGGGCGAGUGCCCCAGCCUGUACCGCUCUGCCAACACGCACGCGCAGGUGAAAGCGCGGCUGCACGGCCUGAGGCCGGACUUGGUGCCCGCGCCGUGCUGCGUGCCCUCCAGCUACGACCUGGUCGUCCUCAUGCACAAGACAGAGGGCGGCAUCACGCUGCACACCUACGACGACCUCGUCGCCAAGAGCUGCCACUGCGCAUGAGCAGGCGGACCACUAUUCAAGAGCGUCCGCUCGCCCCUCCCGCGCCGUGGGCGUGGCCUCUUCCGGUCCCGCCCACAGAGGACGGGACACGCUCCGUUGGCUCCUCCCUUCACUCCUCCUCCCCCUCUGAUAACUAUUUAUAAAUCCGUAUUUAUUGUUAAUUUAUUGGGGUUACCUGUCCGGGGCUGUUUCCAUGGAAAAUGUAUUUAUUUAACACUAGUAAUAAAAGUAACAUGCAGCGGGAUCCC